CCAUUAAUCCUACAAAAUUUUAAAAAGAAAACCCGAAAAAACCCCUCUCCCAUCCGGCCAAUACCUAGACCGCCUCCGCCACCAGCCACCUCGCCGACCACCGUCUGAGCUUGGCUGGCUAAGAAACCGGGAACUAGGCAUAGUUUAAAGCUCGAUUCUGGAAUAUUCAUCCACAUCGCAGCUCCUCGCUUCUCUCAUCCACAGCUUAGGCGGUUAGAUUCUUCUUCUCCAUACUCGCAUCACUGUUCAAGCUGCACUCUUCAACUUCCGAAGCAUACGCUGAUAAAAUUGAGAGUCUGAGACAUAGUGAAACGUGAACUGAUGAGUUUAGCAGAAGACUCACCCGUACACUCUUCAAGCAGCGAUGACUUUGCAGCCAUUCUUGAGGCAGAGCUGGAUGCUGCUUCUAAUUCAUCAGGUGAUUCUGUAGAAGGUGCGGAAGAAGAGGAGAGUGGUGCUGAAGACAACGAUGACAUAAGUGACUUUGACUUGGAUCAUGAGAGGGUUAAAAGGCAGAAGGUGGAGUUAAACACAGGCAUAGUAAAUCCACAGAGCUCCUCAUCUCAAGGUGCAACCUCAGAAAAUAUAGUGUCAUCGUCUGAGGAGGAAAUAUGUACACAUCCUGGUUUUUUUGCUGGCAUGUGUAUGAAAUGUGGCUUGCGAGCAGAUGAUGAUUCUGGCGUUGCACUUAAAUACAUUGAUAAGAAUCUGAGGCUUGCUAAUGAUGAGAUGACUCGAUUACGUGACAAAGAUUUCAAGGAUUUACUCUUCAAUAGAAAGAAGCUUUAUUUGGUCCUUGAUUUAGAUCACACGCUACUCAAUUCAUCUAGGCUAACUGAUAUUACAGAGGAAGAAGCAUAUUUAAACAACCAAAGAGAUUCUCUGCCAGAUACCUUGAAGACCAGCCUGUUCAGACUUGACAGGAUGCACAUGAUGACUAAGUUGAGGCCAUAUGUACACACUUUCUUGGAAGAAGCUAGUAAACUGUUUGAAAUGUAUAUAUAUACCAUGGGUGAACGUCCCUAUGCUUUGGAAAUGGCAGAUCUACUUGAUCCUGGAAAUAAAUACUUCCAUUCCAGAAUAAUUGCACAGGGUGAUUGCACUCAGAAGUUUCAAAAGGGUCUUGAUAUUGUUUUGGGUCGAGAAAGCACAGUCCUAAUCCUUGACGACACAGAAGCGGUUUGGAAAGAGAAUAAGGAAAAUUUGAUAUUGAUGGAUAGAUAUCACUUUUUUGCCUCAAGUUGUAAGAACUUUGGCUUUAGCCAUAAAUCACUUUCUCUGCUAAAAACUGAUGAAAGUGAGACCGAGGGGGCACUUGCCACUGUUUUAAAGGUGCUUCAGCAAGCGCACAGUUUGUUCUUUGACAAGGAAUGCAAGGAUAAUCUAGAGGACCGAGAUGUGAGACAGGUGCUUAAAACUGUUAGGAAGGAAGUUUUGAAGGAUUGCAAAAUAGUUUUCACCCACGUUUUCCCAGUCAACUUCACAGCUGAGCACCACCACUUGUGGAGAAUGGCAGAGCAGCUGGGAGCUACGUGCUCAACUGAAGUUGAUCACUCUGUCACACAUGUGGUGUCUGGGGAUGCCGGGACAGAUAAAUCGCGCUGGGCCGUGAGGGAGAACAAGUUUGUAGUCAAUCCAGGGUGGAUCGAAGCUUCCAACAUUUUGUGGAGAAAGCAGCCCGAAGAAAAAUUCCCUGUCAGUCCUGCAAGGUGCAAGCAAUAGAUUACUCCCUCCACUUCUAACCUAUGCUUUGUUUUCUAACAUACUCGUUUACUACAAGUCAGAAUAGACCGUGCUAGUGUUCGAAGGGCAAAGGCUUGAAACUCAUUUUGAUUUACAUUAGCAAAUAGUUGGUGAAGAUUUUGUAAUGACACGAUAGGGAUUCAAUCCUAGCCUUUGCCUCAAGAUUUUGUACAUCCAUAGAUAUCAAUGGAUUCGAAUCUGGCCUUUGUCUAUAGUAACCAGUUGAAAGGGGCUAACUAAAUCAGCAAUAUGGCUUGCAAAUUGCCAGAGCCUAUGUUUGUUGAAUGCAAGUGAGUUGUUUUUA